AUGAAGGUCCUCACCUUCUCUCUUCUGCUCGUCUUUGUGGGUCUGGUCGCUGCGUGGUCCAAAGAAGACUACGAGAUCUUCAAUCUGAGGGAUGAGGUGGCCCGCUCUGAAGGUGCCAAUGUGACUUUCUACGAUUUCCUUGAGAUUCGUCCGAAUGCCAACCAGGAGCAAAUCACCAAGGCCUACCGCACCAAGUCGCGCACUCUGCACCCGGAUAAGGUGAAGCGCUCCUUCAUCGCCAAUUACUCCAAGGACAAAGCCAAUGCCAAGUCCAAGCAGGGCGUCAAUGUCUCCACUGGUCCCUCGAAGCGCCAGAUCGAUGCUGCCGUCAAGGCUGCUACCGAGCGUUCCAGUCGCUUGAACCUCGUCGCCAAUGUCCUGCGUGGCCCCGGCCGUGAGCGCUACGAUCAUUUCCUGAAAAAUGGCUUUCCCCUCUGGAGGGGCACCGGAUACUACUACUCACGCUUCCGUCCCGGUCUGGGAUCCGUGCUGAUGGGUCUAUUCCUUGUCUUCGGUGGUGCUGCCCAUUACGGCGCUCUCUAUUUGGGCUGGAAGCGCCAGCGCGAGUUUGUCGAUCGGUACAUUCGUCAGGCACGUCGGGCUGCUUGGGGUGAUGACAUGGGUAUCCCGGGUAUCAACUCGGUUGCCGCGUCUGCUCCUGCGCCUGCUCCCGAAGCUGAGGGCGGUGCGGUUGCCAUGAAUCGUCGCCAGAAGCGGAUGAUGGACAAGGAGAACCGUAAGGAGAGCCGGAGACCGAAGCCAAGCCCGCGUCCAUCAGGCACAUCCACGCCUACUGAUCCUACGGAGCCUGUCACCUCCACUGGGGAGCGGAAGCGGGUCGUUGCCGAGAAUGGCAAGGUCUUGAUUGUGGACUCCAUCGGCAACGUCUUCUUGGAAGAGGAGAAUGAGGAGGGUGAAAAGCAGGAGUUCUUGCUCGAUGUUGACGAAAUUCAACGACCCUCUAUUCGUGACACCAUGGUGUUCCAGCUCCCUAUCUGGUGCUUCAAGAGAUCUGUUGGCCGUAUCAUGGGCACUUCUGAGGCCCCCGAAGAGGAAGACCAAGAGGUAGAGCCUGCCGAUGAGGUUCUCGAGGCGACCGCGACCUCGAAAUCGGGGUCGAGCAGAAAGCGCAACAAGCGUUCCCAGCGAUCUUGA